CAGCCCGCCGCGCUGACCCCUGCAGAGCCCGAACCAAAAGCGAAAGGAGCCGCGUCCCCGCUUACCUGGCGUCGCGUCCACGGGGUGGUCGCCGCGCUCCUCCAAGUCGGCGGGGUACCGCUUUGUGACUUCACUCAUUUCGCAACAAGCCCCGGCCGCCCGGACCCCACCCACCCCGGCCCGCCGCCUUGCCUUCCAAAGCCUCCUCGGGUCCCCGCGCUUCCUCUCGCUCUGCGGCUGGGCCUGCCCCCGCCGUCGCGGAGCCUCCUGUCCCGCAGCUCGUGGCUGUCAGUGCGGGGGACGCCGCCUGGCUGGCCAGCACGUGGCGGCGCCCGCCCCCCCCAGCAGCCAGGAACAGCCCGGCGUCCCGACCCGCUGAGCGCAGCGCAUUCCCGGCGGCGCGAUGCUGUGCUUCCUGAAGGGAAUGGCUUUCGUCCCCUUCCUCCUGGUGACCUGGUCGUCCGCCGCCUUCAUCAUCUCCUACGUGGUCGCCGUGCUCUCCGGGCACGUCAACCCCUUCCUCCCCUACAUCAGUGAUACAGGAACAACACCUCCGGAGAGUGGUAUUUUUGGAUUUAUGAUAAAUUUCUCUGCAUUUCUUGGUGCAGCCACUAUGUACACAAGAUAUAAAAUAGUGGAGAAGCAGAAUCAAACCAGCUAUUUCAGCACUCCUGUUUUUAACCUGGUGUCGUUAGUUCUGGGAUUAGUGGGAUGUAUCGGAAUGGGCAUUGUAGCCAAUUUUCAGGAGUUAGCUGUCCCAGUGGUCCACGACGGCGGUGCCCUUUUGGCUUUUGUCUGUGGUGUCGUGUACACGCUCCUGCAAUCCAUCAUCUCUUACAAAUCGUGUCCCCAGUGGAACAGCCUCUCCACCUGCCACGUACGGAUGGCCAUCUCUGCCGUUUCCUGUGCAGCUGUGGUCCCCAUGAUUGCCUGUGCUUCACUAAUUUCUAUAACCAAGCUGGAGUGGAAUCCAAAAGAAAAGGAUUAUGUAUAUCACGUAGUGAGUGCGAUCUGUGAAUGGACAGUGGCCUUUGGUUUUAUUUUCUACUUCCUAACAUUCAUCCAUGAUUUCCAGAGUGUCACCCUCAGGAUAUCCACAGAAAUCAAUGAUGACUUUUGAAGAAAGAAGAGUUAUAUCUCACUCAAUGAAAGUCAUAGACAAUUUCCAGAAGUGUUACAGGGGAAAGACAGGGUUUUCAUGCUGCCCUGAGGGGCAUGUGUCUGUGUCACUUCAGGACUUGAACUUCAUUAAGAAUUCCCACUAGUUCUAUUAUUUCCAAAGGUAUGUUUUCCUAGAGAAUGUAGAGCAUUUAUGACACUGUAGCAAUGUUUUUAUACUUUUCCAAAUAGACACAUUUUUUUAUAUUCGCAAAUUCAUUACAGAAAAGGUGUUACA